CCUCUCUCUCAGUCGUUCCUCUUUUCGGUUAUUCUCAAUUAUUAUUUGUGUCCCUGGAGAAGCUGCAGAGGCUGCACUGGCGAGAGAGACAGAAGAAAAGAGACAGGGCAGGAAAAAUGCAGAGAUAGAGGCUGUCAAAUGUAUAGAUUGUCAGAAAGAACCCGCUAAAGGAGAAGGUGGAGACAGAGUCACAGACUGACGGGAAAUAAAGAGGGAAAAGGGAAAUAGAAAGAGUGAGAGAUGCGCCCAUAGAUAGACAAGAAGACUCUCAGGGCACUACAGGUUUGCGCCUCUAUCUGCUGUUACUGCCUGUGAUCUGCACUCGAGGCGCUAAACCAUAAAGGUGCAGCAGCUCUGCAGAAGCUGGAAUCUUGGACUAUUUUGUUGCACGCACCGGGGGAUGUCAGGUCACCGCUUCGCUAUUAAUAAGCAAACGAACACCAACUUAUAACCUACAUUUUAUCGCAAAACGUCAAGGCAACUGCAUUCCCAGGGGCUCCAGUCUACUAACGAACAAGCCCCCAGACCAACCCCCAUUCUACAGGGAAACACAACUCACAAUAUUACUAAGGCACAGAAACCAGUGAAUAUCAACCACCCUUAUAUGUAAAGAAAAAUAUCACCCCCAUUCUUCAACUCAGAGCCUCCAAGGCGAUCAAGCCUAUUUCCCACCAAGCUAGAGACCCUGAACCAUACAGGGAGAUAAGAUCACCCACCCUCCAAGGGAGUAUACUAGACAAAAUCCACUGGGAAACACCAAGCCUCCAUAAGAGCACCAGGGAGAGAGAAUGGUCAGCAACCAAAAGACAGAAUAUCAACUACAAUCUGCCUAACAUUCCAGGCAUACCAAAUGUUUUCUAAAAUAAGAAGGAGAAAUAUGAUAAUAAAGAGUUAUUGCCCAAAGAGCUGACAGCUCAUUUUCAACUUGGUGGACACAGGAGACAGUGUGCCUUCUUGCCUUUUCAAUGGCCCCUCUCAAAUGAUUUUGCUGAAAACAAAGGAUCUACUAAUAGAGACACAAUUACAAUGUACUGUGAACAGAUCUAUGUAGUAAAUUCCUUUAACAUUAUGCUCUGGGUCUUAGCUAAUCUGACCCUUCACACUGAUUAGGAAAUUGAACCUUUUUUUUUUUCUUUUUUUUUUUUUACGUUUGCUCCUCAGGGGCUGUUUUUUCACAUCACACCAAAUCUAAUGCCUCCCCUUUUUGCUCCACCUUGAUUAUGUUUCACUGUCACGGGAACUCCAUACUCUAGUGACCAAAUACCCUUACACUUGUCAUGUCCCGCUCAGGCAUCCUGCUUCCAACCAGUGGGCAAAGUUUUGGAGGGCAGGGGGCUCCUCCAAGAGUGGUGGUCUGGGAAUGGCUGAAUGAGCACGGCCGCUGGAGACCCUACACUGCCACAGUGUGCCAUCACAUUGAGAGUGCCCUUAGGGAAGAUGGCCGGGGUCGAGUGGCAUUGGGACAAGUGGAUACACACCUCACACCCUAUGUCAUUGACCUACAGACAAUGCAUCAGUAUCGCCAGGAUACAGGAACCGUGCGCCCUGUUAGACGCAGUUUUUUUGAGCCAUCAUCUGCUCCAGGGAAAGGCAUUGUAUAGUGGGAGAAUGAUGCUGGCUCCUGGACCCCCUAUGAUACAGAGAUCUGCAUUGCCAUCCAGAAUGCCUAUGAAAAGCAGCACCCAUCUGACCUCACUGCUUUGGGCUUUUGUUACCUUGUUCAUUUCCACAGUAUGUGCCAGGUCAACAGACAAACCCACCGCAAGCGCCGGCUGAGGAGACGCAUGGACCUGGCAUAUCCCCUCACUAUGGGAUCUAUACCCAAGUCCCAGUCCUGGCCUGUGGGUUCUGGGUCAGGGUUGCCCUGCUCCUGCCCACAGUGCCUUUUGGUUAACAGUACAAGGGCAGCCUCAAAUGCCAUCCUUGCAUCCCAAAAGGUCAAAGUGCCAUCAGGACCUCCUCCUGCCCUGCCACCUCCACCUCCUCCUCCAGUGCACUCAUCAGGGUUGAGGCAGAGCAAUACAUUCAGUGGUGGGGCAGCAGGCUGGGGAAGACCAGGAGAAGGAGGAAGGCCUGCAGGAAGUAUCAGAAAUGGCACUGGGUUCUCUCGUAGUCAGAGUGUUCCAGGGACAACUCCAUAUCCAGGACAAAAUAAUCUGAACAGGCCAGGGGCACCAAGAAUUAGUGGUAGCAGCAGCAGAGCCACUAUCCCACCAGGGGUUCCUGCUCUCCCUGUGAAGAACUUAAAUGGGACAGGCCCUGUCCAUCCAGCUCUUGCAGGUAUGACGGGUAUCUUGAUGUGUGCAGCUGGGCUGCCUGUCUGCCUUACCAGAGCACCGAAGCCUAUACUGCACCCCCCUCCUGUAAGCAAGGAAGACAUUAAACCUGUCAGUGGCAUAAGUGGAAUCUGUCGGAAAACCAAGAAGAAGCAUUUAAAGAAGAGCAAGAAUCCAGAGAGGUGGUGCCGCAGGUACACCCAGAAAGUCAAGUCACCUCCUGAUGAGGACUGCACUAUCUGUAUGGAGCGACUGGUCACUGCAUCUGGCUAUGAAGGGGUCCUCAAUCACAGAGGGAUCCGCGCUGAGCUGGUGGGAAAGCUGGGGAAGUGUAACCAUAUGUACCAUAUACUGUGCCUGGUAGCCAUGUACAACAAUGGAAAUAAGGAUGGCAGCUUACAGUGCCCCACCUGUAAAGCAAUUUAUGGAGAGAAGACGGGCACACAGCCUCCAGGGAAGAUGGAGUUCCAUGUAAUCCCCCAUUCCUUGCCUGGUUACUCUGAGUGGAAGACCAUCCGCAUUGUCUAUGACAUCCCCAGUGGCAUGCAGGGUCCUGAGCAUCCCAACCCCGGAAGAAAGUUCACUGCUAGAGGAUUUCCGCGUCAUUGCUAUUUGCCAGAUAAUGAAAAAGGCAGAAAGGUGUUGCGUUUGCUGGUGGCAGCAUGGGACCGGCGACUGAUAUUCGCUAUUGGCACCUCGAGCACAACUGGCGAAUCUAACACAGUGGUGUGGAAUGAGAUUCAUCACAAGACAGAGUUUGGGUCUAAUUUGACAGGCCACGGAUACCCAGAUCUCAACUACUUGGACAAUGUGCUAGCUGAACUCAGCCUGCAAGGAGUAACUGAGGAGCGGGCACUGCCCUAUUGAGCAUUGCAUUGACAGUCACACUGCUGCAGGGCAGAAGGUGCUAAGCGGUGCCACUCUGCAGAGGCGGGGCCAUGUUGAACUUGUCUUGAGUACUGGCUGGUUGCAGGUUUAACCUUCUCCGUGCUAGAUUUACCCACCAUGAGGUGUUGAUGGGGGUUGAUAAUCCUCCACUGGGAAAUUAAUGCAUUGUGAAGCUUCUUCUCGUAGUCUCAGGAGAGACACAUUUGCCCUGUAAGCAUCUGUCUGCAAAAUGUGUGGUCAUUGGGAAAGAGACCAAAUCGAAUGCAGCAUGUGGUGUUAUACAAUUUAAUGCUGGACACAGCUUUUUUUGCACCAGCAGUGAAAUGACUUUCUAAGGUUUAACUUUAAAUUAAGUUAUCCCCUUACUUUAAAGUGAGAUGCAAAAAAAAUGUAAAUCCUGAUGGUGUUUGACACAAUGCAAUACUGGCCUCUGCCACUCAUACAAAACAUAACAACGGUAUCAGGACUUAUAGAUCCCACUUCAAAGAACUGACCAGUGAAGCCCGCGCUCUCCUGCUGCCUGUGAAGCUUGGAGUCUGAGCCAUAGUUUGUGGAUUUAGGUUUGGUCUCAGUGUUAUAGCUAUGGUUACUAAGCAUAAGCCUAUACUUACUCAGCAUAAGAUAGAUGAUUUGGCUAGAUUCACUAAGUAUUCUCAAAUGGAAACAAAAAAACACACUCAGUAAUGUAUUCAAAUUUAGUUGAUUUACUAAAGUGAGGAAACUCUCCAAAUUUGAAUGAAUCUAAGGCAGCAGAAGCAUAAGAGAUUUAAUAUAUUUUUGGAGUAUUCUUUGAAUUUUAGUGACUCUCAUUCAGUUUCUAAAUCACAUUAAGACUUGAACACACCUGGCUUUUAAUUAACUGUUCAGAUAUAUAAACGAUACUAAAUUUUGUACUAUGACCUUUUGUCCUUUUUAAAACACGCCAAUAAACUCUCUAUAGCUACUCCUCUAAUACUUUACUAACUCCUCGCCUUGCUAUUAGAAAACCCUAAUUGCACUUGCUCUGUAAUUGCCGAUAUAACUAUGCACUGUCUCCCCUUACCUUACAAUUCUUAAUACUUCUUCCUGGUCCACUUAAGUGUCAGAUCUGUGCACUCUGAACAAUGUAAUAUGCAAAAUCCACACCACAUAUUUUUCAAAAUUUGAUUUCUCUUCCAAAAAAUGUACAUUGCAAGGGAGUGAUACAAUAUUUCAUUUAUUUAGUCACAUCUAGAAACUACAAAAUAUGGAAUUUCAUGAUAUAAUAUGCAAUGCCCCAGAUAAAAUGUAGGGCAUGACAUCCCAUAUACAGUACUGUGUUCUGUUACAAUAUCUCGCAUACAUUAAAGGGACAGUAUGGUAUUCAAUUUUACACCUACUGUUCACUAAUCUCACAAAUAUUGUGUGUUAAGCAUUGUAAGAUUAUGUGCA